AUGUCUGCACUCCAUCGUCGCCUCACAGGAGAGCUCGCAGAUCUCCUCGCAAAUCCAUAUCCAGGCAUCACCGCCCAACCGAACGCCGACGACAUCACCACCUGGACAGCCACCAUCUCCGGGCCUGAGCACUCUCCUUACGCAGGCGGCCGCUUCAAGUUGACGAUCCACUUCCCUCCCACCUAUCCAUUCAACCCGCCUGUCGUACGAUUCAUAACAAAGGUCUACCACCCCAAAAUCAACCCAGACACCGGCUCCAUCGGGCUCAAAGCUCUCGAUGAUGAAUGGACAGCGAUUGUAACGACCGCUGCGGUUCUACUGAGCGUCCAAGCCUUCCUCGCUGCUCCAGUCUUGAGUCAAAAUCCACGCAACGCGCUGAUGCCGAAUAUCGCGCAGGAGUUCCAGACGGAUCGGGAGAAGUACGUCAAGACCGCGGAGGAGUGGACGGUGAAGUAUGCGAUGGAGACUUUGGAUCCGCAGCCUGUUUCUGCUGGGUCAGGUGCUCGGCCGCUCGGUGAAAUGUGA